UCAUUAGGGCUUUGAUUUUGCGUUUACUGAAAUUUAUACCCGAGAUUUAUGGGGAAAGCUUGAGUUUCCAGGCUAGGGUUGAGUAAAAUUCUGCGAGUUAUUUAUAGAAAAAAAUGGAAGAUCUCUUAGUGUUUUUUUCCCCUUUUUUUAUAAAAAAAAAAAAAAUUCAGUCAGCUAGCGUGUAGCGACCCAAGUCACUGAGGCUUGUUUGGACCUCGGUCUUUCAAGUCUCGGUAGGAGUGGAAAAUCUUAGCAUUUGAGACUUCCAGAUUUUGUUAGAUUUCUGCGUAAAUUUUGGUCUCCAUACUGAUCUGGAACAGUAACUUCAGUUUUUUUCUUCAAUUUUUUUAAUUGUUGAUUCGUAUGGAAUUUUAGAGCAGGAUGUCGGGAUCGGAGACAGGAGUGAUGACGAGCACUGCCAGGGAUCCCUUCGGCGUGGGUCUCCAGAAAAGUCAGGUAACGUCACAGCCGAGUAUACAGAACAUGCGAUUAGCCUUCAGUGCUGAUGGGACAGCCGUGUACAAACCCGUGACCACCGCUGCCUCCCCUUCGUACCAACCAACUCCUUCCGGUGCUGCCGGAGGAGGUGCUGGCGGUGUGGAAGGAUCAGCCGGCGGAACCGUAGUGUCAUCCCAUGGGAUUAAUGUGAACAUGAACAUGGGUACCGCGCCUGAGACUAUGAAGAAGAAGCGAGGGAGGCCCAGGAAGUACGGGCCAGAUGGCACUAUGGCUUUGGCUCUUGUACCUGCAUCUCAGUCUGUAACCCAGACAAGUGGAGGCGGUUUCUCUUCUCCUCAUCCCCCUGCUGGUACUGCUGUUACGAGUCCUCUUCCUUCAGGGGGACCAGUCUCGCCAACUGGGUCCAAGAAAGCGAGAGGCAGACCACCUGGUUCUAGCAAGAAGCAGCAACUUGAAGCGCUGGCUGGGGUUGGAUUUACACCACAUGUUAUCACUGUGAAAGCUGGAGAGGAUGUAUCAUCAAAAAUAAUGUCAUUUUCUCAGCAUGGUCCAAGGGCUGUUUGUAUCUUAUCAGCAAAUGGUGCGAUAUCUAAUGUGACUCUUCGCCAACAGGCUUCAUCUGGUGGAACUGUUACUUAUGAGGGGCGAUUUGAAAUUUUGUCUCUGUCGGGCUCAUUUCUGCCAUCAGAAAAUGGGGGUCAAAGGAGCAGAACUGGGGGAUUAAGUGUGUCUUUAUCUGGGCCAGAUGGUCGUGUGCUAGGUGGUGGUGUAGCUGGUCUUCUAACAGCUGCAUCUCCUGUUCAGGUAGUUGUGGCAAGUUUCAUUUCGGAUGGUCGCAAGGAAUCUAAGUUAGCAAAUCAAAUCGAACCUUUAUCUGCAGUGACGAAAUUUGCUCCAGCACUAGGGACAACUGGACCAAGCAGCCCACCAUCACGUGGGACUCUUAGUGAAUCCUCAGGGGGGCCUGGUAGUCCACUUAACCAGAGCACCGGAGCCUGCAAUAACAGCAACCCUCAGGGCAUCUCAAUCUUGCCAUGGAAGUGAAACUUUCUGUGACGUGGGGUCUGACUAAUCUGUGUGGUAGGCUUGCGAUCUGAUGUUUGUGUUGUACUGUAGGCCUGAUAAGAGUAUCUUUUGUAAUUUAAUCCUUCUGUAAGUUAAAUAAAUAACACUGAAAGCUUUCCAGCUUGAAGCUUUCGCUUGCUGGAAGGUGCCAAUUAGGUAGUGAGACAUCUUUUCGCAAGGCUGUGAGGUAGAGGUAUUUCUCAUGCUUAGGUCUUAGAAUGAGAUGAAGGGCUUUACAUAUGUUGGCUUAGUAGUUGUUUGUUGUUCUUAUUGUUGCUUGUAACACUCAUCCCUGUUUAUCUAGCAAUCAAGGUGUCUUUUACCUGUUCUUAA